ACUCCCAAUUUUCCUUCAAGUACAGAGUAACAGUGUUGGAGAAAACCUUCCAAUAAGCCCAAAUGGGUCUCCACUCGCUCUAUUCCAAUCUCAGAAGCAUCAAUCCUUCCUACAUUGCUUGCUCGUGGAGGUUUAUCUCAUCUAACUCCUUGUCAAUCGAUACCACCGCCGGUGAAUCUUCGCUGUCGAGAAAGGACCAGAACGAUGAGCUCAAGAGCAGGAUAUUCAGGCUCAUAUUCCCCAGACGAAGCGCGACGACUGUGCUCCAAAAUUGGGUCGAUGAAGGCCGCAGAGUUUCGGUUUCCGAGCUUCGACGCAUAUGCAAACAACUUAUGAACUUUCGCCGAUACAAGCAUGCUCUUGAGAUAUUAACUUGGAUGGAGGAUCAAGCAAGAUUCCAGAUUUCAGCAGCUGAUCAUGCUAUCAGGUUGGAAUUAAUUACCAAAGUGCAUACUUUAAAGGAGGCUGAAGAAUAUUUUGCAAUUAUACCCAACAGUGCUUCACAGAAAGCUGCCUGCCUCCCUCUUCUUCAUUUGUAUGUUAAAGAAAGAGCAACUGAGAAAGCUGAGGCUCUCAUGUUGAAGAUGAAUGGCUUGGGGCUGAUUGUAAACCCUCAUCCAUUUAAUGAGAUGAUGAAGCUUUAUAUGGCCACAUCUCAGUAUGAGAAAGUAGCUUCUGUCAUCCUACAAAUGAAGCAAAACAAAAUACCCCGAAAUGUCCUCUCCUACAACCUUUGGAUGAGUGCAUGUGGUGAGCUAUCUGGGGUUGCAUCAGCAGAGAUGGUUUACAAAGAGAUGCUAAACGACAAGAAUGUUGAAGUGGGAUGGAGCUCUCUAUCUAGUUUGGCCAAUAUUUACCUUAAAUCAGGACUUUGUGACAAGGCCACUUUGGCCCUCAGAAAAGCGGAAAAGAAGCUAUCUAACUGCAACCGCCUUGGUUACUUCUUUCUCAUAACACACUAUGCCUCGUUGAAAAAUAGGGAUGGAGUUCUUCGGCUUUGGGAAGCUUGUAAAGCAGUAGAAGGUAGAAUCACUUGUGCCGACUAUAUGUGUAUCUUGUCAUGUUUUGUGAAGCUCGGCGAUAUUGAAGAAGCUGAGAGGGUUUUCAUGGAAUGGGAGUCCCAGUGUAGGAAGUAUGACAUAAGAGUCUCCAACGUUCUUCUAGGUGCAUACAUGAGGAACGGGUUAAUGGAGAAAGCUGAAUCAUUACAUCUCCGCACAUUGGAGAAAGGUGGGCGUCCGAAUUAUAAGACGUGGGAAAUUCUCAUGGAGGGGUGGGUAAAAAGCCAGGAUAUGGAUAAAGCUAUUAGUGCCAUGAAAAAUGGAUUUUCCUUGUUAAAACAUUGUGACUGGAGGCCUUCACCUAGUACUGUAGUGACAAUUGCAGAGUACUUUGAGAAGAAAGGAAAUAUUGUAGAUGCAAAGCGGUAUGUCGAGUUUAUUAGGCGAUUGGGUCUUGCAAGUUUGCCUGUCUAUAAAUCAUUGCUUAGAAUGUAUGCCUGCACUCAAGCACCAAUUCAGGAAAUCCUUAAAAUGAUGCAGAAGGACGAAAUAAAUAUGGAUGAUGAGACUUCUGCUCUUAUUCAGGCCUUCAAGGUGUAAGCCAGAACGGUACUAUGGGAUACAUAAACCAAAUGCAGACACUCUAAAGAAUGCACAUUUGUAGAUGGGGGUUAAGACUUCAAAUUGAAGCAGCCAUCAAAAUCUUGUGGAAGUAUUUACUAUACACUAGCAAUUAGUCUUUUGGUGGCACAAAUUUGUUGAUAAUGGGAGCUUCAAGGUAUCAUGAAAGUUAUAGAAGCCGCACGUUGAGUGAAUGGAUGUUCUUCUUCUGUCAGGUCUAUGCCCCGAAUUUCCUCAACAAUCCGAGGCCAGCAUCCAAUCCAGCCAGCACUGAUGCCCACCAGCCCUACUUGUUUCACAUCCAAUUUCAGAUCAUGUUGUGCUUUUUUUUGGUAGCAUUGCCUACCUUGUGGAAUGAAGCAGAUUGUUGCGCUGAAAAGAGAAGAUGAUUGAUAUUUUUGGAAGUAUCGAUGAAGAGAAUCGUAAAGUUUGUUAGGCUUUUGGGUCUUGCAAGUUUGCAAGUCCAACAAUCAUAAGAUAUAGCUUGGAAUUGAACAUCCUUAAUUAAAAUGAUGCAGAAGCAUGAAAUUGAUACAGAUGAUGAGACUUAUACUCUUCUUCUGCUCAUCUUGUUCUUGAAGUCGAAGGCUGGAAGCAGGGAAAAAGGUAAUGUGGAGUAUUACAUACAGAGCACACUUUAUUUCAUCCGGGUUUCUUUAUUGUUUAUCCCAGUAUGUCUUUAACCAUCAAUGCCAUUCAUAUACUUCUAAUUUGAUUGUUGCAGGUUAGACAUGCUAUACAUAGCUGUGUGUGUGUAGGAAUUCGUCAUGGUUUUGUUUGAUUGUUUGGUUUUCUUUAGGAAUACGAAAUUUUGUUUUGUACUGCAGUUAUAUAUUGGUUAUUGCAAUGUCUAAUAGUCUAAUACAUAA